AUGAGUGUUUUUGUCAAUAUUAUUAACAAAUGCCUUGAAGCCGAUAAGAACGGACAAGAUGUCUCCCAUUAUAUAUCAACAUUUGCUGAUAUGAUGGACGAUUUCUUGCACAUUCCAGAAUUUAUGAAUCUUCCAGACAGUAUCCUCUUUGAAGCAAUUAAAACAACUAAAUAUCUCUUCUCCAAAAUGGAAAUGCUUUACCUUGUCGAAUGUGUGGCCUAUAAAUACAAACGUGCAACAUCUCAAGCCAUCCAACCAAUCAGAGAUGCACCAGACGAGAUCCCAGGAGAAUACAUUAUUUCUACCAUUGAAGGCUAUUCUAACUGGGGAGAGAAUCCUAAAGCAGAAAUCCCAGAACCAGUAAAUUCUCCAGAAGUUCCACCUCUGAUUUACGAGUUGAUCAAAAGCAGACAAGAAAGACGUAUCUCACGCAUCAUUGAAGCUCAACAAGAGCAAGUUACUAAGUUAACUGAAGAAAGACAAGAAGCAAUCAAAACUCUCAAGGAAGUUGAUGCAGAAAAGCAAAAAUGCAACGAAGAACUUACUGAAAAUCUUAAGGAAUUAGAAAAAGCGCACAAAGAUGUCAUGUCUCAGAAAUCAGAUAAAUUAAAUCAAUUAACAGAAGAUAUCGCAGAAGCACAGCGUCGUAUUGGCCAGAAUAUUACAGUAGAUGAUCAUAAGAACCAAAUGAAGGAAACAGCAGCCCACAACAAGGAAAUUUUGGCAGAUUUAAACCAAAGAAUCCAGGUAGAAGUCGAUAAUUUAACAGAUCUCAUGGCUAUUGUCAAUGGUGGUAAGACAAGCCAGCAGUUACGCGAAGAAAAGGAGCAAAAGGAGAAAGAAGAAUUAGAAAGAAAAUUACAUGAAGUUCCUGAACUUCUCAAGACGAAAUUCACUCUACCAGCCAAGCCAAUUACCAUCAGAAACAUCUAUGGUCCGAAGGAAACAAAGCUUCCGAAAAAUAUCAAAACAAUUUUCGACGCCAUUGCUCUUGAAGACAGAGAUGCCAUUCAUAGCAUGUUAGAGAAGCGUCCAAACCUCGCAAAGGAACUCGGAGCCAACAGAACAACUCCUCUCCACGAAGCUGCAAAACAUCGUAUGGCAGACAUCGCUGAAUUGCUUAUCCAGAACGGCGCUGAUGUUAAUGCAAAGGAUAUCAGCAUGAUGACACCAUUACAUUACGCUGGUAUCACUGGUGACGAAAAAAUUGUUGCAGUUUUGAUUGAAAACCACGCAGUUCAGUCAAUGAAGAACAAGAAGGGACAGAACGUCUUAGACCUUGUCCAAGAUAGAGACACAUCCCGCCAGAAACUAUUCACUUUCUGCGAAAAAGGCGAAAAGAAAGGAAUUGUCGACAUUUUGAAGAAGUGGCCGGACAUGGUUUCAUACAAUUUCGGAAAGGGAACAGGACCAAUGCACUUGGCUGCUGCUUAUGGACAGCCAGAAGUCAUGGAAUUGCUCCAACAAUGGGGUGCUCACAUUGAAACUAAGGAUGAUACACAGGAAACACCACUCCACUACGCUUGCAGAUAUAGAAAGGAUAAUGCAAUUCAGUACUUGAUCGACCACGGUGCUAAUUACCACGCUUUAUCUUCAAUGAACAUGAUGCCAUUUGAUUUGUACCCAGAAAAGGGACCAGUAAUCACUGAAGAAGAGGAAAAGGAAGAGGAAGAAGAAAAGCCAGUAGAAAAGAAGCCAGAGCCAAAGGUCGUUGAAGUUAAACCAGAAGAGGAAGAAAAGAAGCCUGUACCAGUCCAUCCAUUGGAAGAUGUAAUUGACUAA